UGAAGAUGGUUUAAACAUUAAUCUAAUUACAUGUUGGAUUGUUUUCAUGUUGCUAAUAAAUGUUUACGUUUAGAAAAAAUAAAAUUAUAUGACAAGUGGAAGUUUGGAUAUACAGUUGCAAUCAGGAGUUAUGUCAAUGUCACAGGCAAUGCUGUCCGACUGGUUUUCACAAAUACGUAUGGGCAAACUUCGUUGUCCCUUUGAUGGUUGUACGUGGACUUUUUUUACAUCAUUUGAACUGGCUGACCAUGUUUUCGGGGACUGCAAGUUUGGUAAAUACAGAGGAAAUGUACCAUGCACACAUUGUACUGUUUUACUUAAAGUCGAGGAAUUAAAGUCCCAUUGGAGAACAUCACAUAAGGAUGUUGUGUCGGUACUCUCAUCUCUCCAUCGUGGAAAAUCAUGUGAAUGUCCCAACUACCAGUGCAUGGAAAUGUUUGAUGCUUCAUUUAAAGGAUGUAAAGCCUAUGUUAAGCAUUCCAUUUUAUGUCGUCCGCUGUAUUUAUGCAGUACUUGUAAUAGGGAAUACCGUACAUGUAACAUUUUUAGGCAACACAAGUGCAAGGAAAAAAUGGAAAAAAGGAUGUCAGUUAGUAAACAAGAAGUUGAUGUAAAGAGAAAUUUUAAUGAACGACCUCAACUAUCAUCCAAGGAAGAACAGGCUGUGAUUAAAAAGUGGGCCGAAGACUUUAAAGCUGGGAAAUUCAAUUGUCCAGUCCCAUCUUGUAAGCAGCGUUUUUUUGUACCAAAUCAUUUUGUUGCCCACUUGCAACGAGAAGCAAAGCUGGAUAAAAUUAUUAAUCAAAUACAACACAUUACUUGUCCAUAUUGUUUGACAAAUGUCAAUUGGACCAUCUUUGGAAGGCAUAUGCAAGAUUAUCAUAGAGAAAUUGUCAAUUACGUGAAUUUAUUAAAAUCUGGUGAAAGCAUAUCAUGCCCAAAUUUUAAAUGUGCUGAAAAGAAGAUGUAUACAGCAGAAACUGGAGCAGAAUAUAUUCAACACGCUAUUGAAUGUAAACCACUGUAUUGCUGUGAUCAGUGUGGCAGUGUAUCAAAAUCUUUAAAAUAUUUGAAAAAGCAUGCCAUAACUUGUGACGGGACAGAGAAAAAACACCAACAAAAGAAAGGUAUUAUAAAAAGAGAGUUGGUGCUUACUGAAGCAUUCGCAUCGGAACCAAAUUUCUUGCAACAUGGAAAAAAAAGGUCUAAUGUUGGAUAUGGUGCUGAUAAAAGUUUAGCGUGCAAUUUUACUAAAAAGAAAGAGCCAAGAAAUAGAUUCCUAUUAAAAGCUUCUGAUACUGAUGAUGGGGAUGUAACUGACUUACCAAGGAGAUUCAAAAAAGAACAAAGGAAGUCAUCUAGUUUCCAUAAAUUGGAAGUUGGUUCUAAAUUCACGCCACCACAACAUAAUGAUAUGAAUAAAAUCAAGAAAACAAAAUCCUGCUCUUCAAAUGUUGGGAUUGGAAUUAAGAGAAGAGCUGGCAGAGUGAAACCAUCAGCUAAGCUAGCAUCUGGAGAGAAUCUAAAAGCUGUUGAAAAUGAAGAUUCGUUUAACUCGUCAAUUGACUUUCUAAAUGAGACAAGUGACAUUGAAAGUUUAAGAGUGCAGGAUGGACUUUGUACUCCAAUUGUUAUACCUUCAGAUCAACUGGAAAGUUCGUUCAACAAUAUACUGGCAGCCAAAACAAAUGCUUAUAAAACACGAGGCUUGAUGCAUAAAGAAAUUAAAAGAAAAGUUCAAGAAAGUAUGCAUUCAGGGAAUGUGCCAAGACUGAAAAACAGAAGAAAAUCUGCACCAGUUAAAAGUAUUCAAUCUGUCGAGGAUACUGAGCUUAUUCAUCAAACCCCUCUUACAUUCUCUUCAAAUGACACAAAGAACUUGCUGGAUAAAUGGCUGUCAGGUGUAAAGAAAGGAAUAUGGAAUUGCGUAUAUCCAAAAUGUAAACAAAGCUUUUACCUACCUUCUGACUUUCAUAGUCAUAUUAUGUCUUACCCAAGUAACGAUCAAAUACGCAAGAAGGUUUUCCAGUCUAAGAUAGCCUGUUGUUUUUGUGAUACAUCUAUUGGGAUUCCUGCAUUUGCACGGCAUUACAAGCAAAAGCAUAAUGAGAUUUUCUUGUCUCUAAGUGGAUCUGGUCAGUUUUUAUGCCCCAUAGAAAAUUGUGGAUUAAAUUGUUUGUCUGGUGAAGAAUAUCUCCAACACAGGUGUAGUUGCAUAACACAACAAAAACAAAGAGAAGAUGAAAAGGAAAAAGAAAGAAAAAAGGGAUUAAAAACAAAAUGGCAGUCAGAUUUAGGAAUUGGCUUAUUACGGUGUGCCAAUAAUGGCUGUGAAAAGCAGUUUUCAUGUUUUGAAAAAAUGACUUCACAUUUAAAAGAAUGCAAAACUGGAGAGAUGAAUUCUUAUAUUUGGAAUUCAGAUGGAAUAUUUUGUCCAUGGGAUGAUGAGUUGAUCAAACUUGAACACUUCAAUGAACAUUUGAAUAAGAAACAUCCUCAGCUUAUGGAAGUUUUAACUUCAAACAAAAACGAAUUCUUGUGUCCAAACUUCAAUUGCAACACCAAAACAUUAACCACCCAAGAGUUUAUAAAACAUACAAUAGUUUGUCCUACUUGUCUUGUCUGCUCAGAUUGUAAUCAGACCUUCAAUCUUUAUGAGACUUACAAAGACCAUGAAUGUCUAGCUAACGAUGAACUGUUCAUAACGAAAUCAUUGCAUUUGUGGUCUAAUAAAGUUAGAUCAGGUCAACUUCGAUGUCCAAAUUCUUUAUGUGACUCGGGGUUUUUCAUUUUGGAAAGAUUUACAGAACAUGUUCAACAAUGCUCUAAAAGAUCAGUUUUUUGCUCAGAGAUGUUGAAAAGGGAUAAAAUACCAUGUUCGUUUUGUAAUAUGACACUUUCAUUCAACGAAUACAUUACGCAUGUCCAGACAAAUCAUAAAGAGAUUGCAGAAAAUCUAAGAAAGCUUCAGGGAGAAGAAAGUGUGACUUGUUUGAAUUAUAAAUGUAAAAAGGCUUUCACUGAUGGUAUAAAAUACUUCCACCAUGCAUCGAUUUGUAAACCACUUUAUUUCUGUGUUUCUUGUGAAACUGAGUACAAAACAAACACUGAAUAUGCGUCACAUUUAUGUCAAAUGCUUGACGAAACAGACAAAAAUGAAGAGACUGAAGGAAGUACAAGUUCAAAUAAUGAAACUUCUAUAGAAAGCCAGAUCUCACAGUGGUGCAACAACUUAAAGGAUGCCAUUUACAAAUGCCCAAAUCCUAACUGUAAACAAAUUUUUAAGACGCAUGAAAGUCUAAUACCACAUAUCAAGUCCUGCGAAAAAGAUAAAUUGUGUAAGCUGAUACUGAACCAAGAUAUGUUUGCAUGUUGUGUUUGCAAAACUGAUGUUCCAAUGUCGACAUAUGCUAUACAUUUUUCAAAUUCACACCAGAAGAUUGUGAGUUGUCUGAAAAGUAUUUCCUAUAAGCACUGCAUAAAGUGCCCAACCACAACCUGUCGAAAAGUGUUUUUGGAUACUGGAAAGUUCAUGCAGCAUGUUAUAACUUGUUGUAGAUUUACUAGGAAGAAAUCUUUGAUAUUUAAAGAUAAAUGGCACAAUGAAAUUGUCAAUGGGAGUUUAGUUUGCCCUAAUGAACUAUGUGGCAAGAAACAUACUUUCAUAGAAACCUUUAUAGAGCAUUUAAAGCUGUGUAGAUUUGGACGAAAUACAUCUAAAAUAUUGCACAUGCCUAUCCCAUGUUUAAUUUGUAAAAAACAUUUUGCAAUCGAUAAAUUAGCGGAACAUUUUCGAACCAAUCAUACUGUAGUUUUUGCGCAACUUCGGUUAGUGGAGCAAGGAAUAUGUAUUCAUUGUCCAAACACAAAUUGCAAGCAAGCAUUUGCAUAUGGUACUGCCUAUUUACAACAUGUUGCUACUAAGUGUAAGCCAGACAAUUCUUGUGGUAGAUGCAACACAAACUUCAAAUCCUAUGAUUUGUUACGUUCACAUAAGUGUAAUAACAAGAAAAAAAUUAGUCAGUCCGGAGAUAAAAUUUGGGAUAAAAUUUCACAAGCUCCAUGGUAUGAACAAGUUAUGAAAGGUGACUUAACAUGUCCAAAUUCACGUUGUUCUAAAGAAUUCAUAUUACCAAGAGAUUUUGUUAACCACUUACGAACAUGCACAGAGGGAAGUGAAUGUGCCAUAAUAGUAAAAAGAAACGAACUUCCAUGCUGUUUCUGUAAAACUUAUGUUGCACUUGGAAAAUAUUGCUCCCAUUUGUCAUCCUGUCAUAACCAGAGCGCAAAAAAGAUUACCCAAACCACCUUGCCAGAAAAGAACACAGUACCAUCUCAAGUCAUGGCCCAAUAUUUUCCUGGUUUUGAAUCACCAUCCAAAGAGACAUCAAUUGACACACAGGAUCAGAUAAAACGUGGAAGAAAUAGAAAAGCAAAGCCAAGAAAAAUCAGUACAGCCAGAGAACUCAACCAAGAGGAUCUUUCUAGUCAAAAUGACACAGCAUCAACAGAUGCCGAAACAACUUUGCCAUCUAAUAGUGCUGAAACAACAACAACUCAACUAUCUACAAGUGCUGAAAUAAAUUUGUUAUCUAGAAGGGCUGAAACAACAACAACUCAACUAUCUACAAGUGCUGAAAUAAAUUUGUUAUCUAGAAGGGCUGAAACAACUUUGCCAUCUACAAGUUCUAAAACAAUUUUAAUAUCUACAAGUGCAAGUGAAAUCACAACAACUGAACAAUCUGAUUUUGAUGCAAGUAGUCAGGAGUAUACUGAUUUUGAAGUAGAAACCGAAACACAGUCACUAGUUUGUAAUUUAGAAUCCAAUACAUGCGUUAAAGAAAGUAAAAAUAAAAAUGAAGCUGAGAGCAGAGAUAUACUAUCUCCUAAUAAAGAGAGAAGCAUCACUGAUAGUGCUUAUGAAGAUUCUGGUGCUGCCUCUUUAGGGUGUAGUCCUUUAAUAGAAAAUCAGAAAAUCGAUCAUGAGCAGGAAAGUUUUACUCAUGAUUAUAAAUUGGAGGAAACUGAUGUAAAAAAUACACCACAUAUUCCUCACUCAGAUGUGUAUGAAAAGCUUAAAAAUAAACUGAAGAAACGUCCUAAGAUUAAAAAACGUUUAACGGACGACAAAGAAGUUAUUAAUCUUGUGCAAGAAUUACUAAAGAAAAAGAAAAAAAAAUCUCGCUUCACACACAGGAACUCGAUUUGUGCAAAUGUAGGGGAGUGGACAAUUACACCUAAGCCCAAGCGCAUCAAAACAGAGGUUUGCUCAACUGAUGGACAGGGAUCUUGUGCCGUAAUUGAUCAAAAAUCCUCAGCCGCUACUUCACAAUUAUUGAACAAAAUCAAUCCUGCAAUGCAAGAAACUGAAGCUAACCAAAAUCAUCCUGAUAAUAUAUUGAGCAUUCCAAGAGUUGAGGAAAAGAAAAGUGAAUUUGGAUUAAUUGGUAAAAUUCAGGCUGAUAACAUAGAACAAAUUGAUAUUGCAGCAAGAGAUGUAAUGACUUCUGAACAUAAUAACUUAAUAGUGGCCGGAAGUGACAAUAAAUCUGGAACAAUUAAUGAGAUUAAUACAAAUAAUGUAAAACUAACUAACAGUACAGGAAUAGAGGUAUUGUCUGGUAAAUCUAAUAAUUCACCAGAAAGUGAAAUUCAUUUUAGACCAAUUGGUGAGAUUAGCACUGAUAACAUAGAACCACAUGACAGUACAAAAAUAGGGAUGAUGUCUGGUGAAUGUUAUAAACCAGCAGAAGCAGGAAGGAAAAGUCAAAAUGAAUUAAUUGAUGAGAUUAACCCUGAAAAUAUGGCACUGACAGAUAGUACAGCAACAAAGGUAAAGUCUGAUGAAUGCAAAAAGCCAACAGAAAUAAAAAGUGAGAACUUAUUAGCCACCUCUUCUGAAAGUUCAGUUAUGGAUACUAAUAAGGAAGUAAUUGACAUACCAGAUGUUAAAAAAGAAGACAAGUUCUCUCCACAAGAGCUUGUGUUUUCUUCAAAAAUAGAAUCAUCAUCAUCUCCAGCGGAAAUAAGAGUAACACGAUCAAGAGAGGGAUUUAAACGAUCUUUUGCUUCUCCUAAAAAUUCUAAACGAAAAAGAUCUAGCAGUAUUACAAUUGGCGAAAAAACAGAUACCAAAAGUGAUUCAGUUAAAAUGUCUGAAGUAAGUGGUGUAAGUAGAUCCAAAUACAAUAUGCGGAGAUGUGGUGGAUUGGGAAAUAGUAAUACAGACACUAUCAACUUAACUUCUUCGCUCAACAAUAAAGAAAAUGUGAAUACAAGGAUUUCCCUGUCAACUUUCACUAAAACAAGCAUUAAUAAAGUAGAGGCCACCAAAAAGAGUGGUAAACAUAAACAAACGAAAGGGUUGAAAUUGCCAGAUGUUUCUGUUGUAUUACCUAGACUUGAAUGUAGUGUAGUGAAAGAGAGUAAAAAAAUGUAUGAUAUAAAUUUGUGUGCCAAUGUGGAUGAAAAAGAUGAAGUUGUUUCUAGUAAGCACCAGACUGAAGCAUUUGACGAGAAAGUCACACCCGAACAAAAUACUGACAUUUCUGAAGAAAUAGUCACAAAAACUGUUGAAGAUAAACUUUUGGUAGAACUACCUAAUGAACAUUGCAGAAAGGAAUCUAAAAAUGUUAAGGAGAUUGAGACUUCUUUCAGCAAAGUUCUAAUUUUAGAACAAGCAUCAAACGACCUAUCCACAAUUGAAUUUAACUCAAACACAAUUCAGUUACAAGACCCUGUGUUACACAAAGAUACUGUUUGUUUCGGGAAAAUUGAGCAGAAAUCCUCUGAAGUUCAGUGUUUUGAACAAGAAUCUGAUAAACUAUCUUUGAUUCAUUCAAAGUCAGACACAAACAAGGUUAACUAUUCACUAUUGCAUAAAGACACUGAAUAUUCUGAGAAGAUUGAAAAAACGUCCACAGAAGUUCAGUGUUUCAAACAUCCAAUAAAUGGAGCUGAUAAAUCUUUAAUUGCUCCCAGGUCAGACACAAUUAAGCUAAACGAAACUUUUGAGAAAAAUAAAGAAAAUUUUAAUAAACAAUCUUUAAUUGACUCUUGGUCAAGUGCAGCCAACUUAAAGCCAAAUAAAGGUUUUGAAACAGCACUGAACAGAGAAACUUCAAUCGAAUCUGAAUCAAGAACAACCAAGUUAAAAGAACCUGCAGCAUGGCUGGACACUAGUAGUGUUAAGAAUAUGGAAAAAAAUACCACUGAAACUCCUAAUGACCAAUCUACCUUCGAAAUGCAGGAUUUAGAAUUUUCCAAUAAUAUUCAGAUUUCCGAAGAAAUGGACAUAACAGAUUUAAAGGAAGCAAACGUUGAUGGUAUUCAAGAUGCAACACAUGAAGACUGUAUUGGCGUCAAUAAAACUGAACAGGAUACAGAUGGAACCUUGCAAAAUCUGGAAGUCCUUGAAUUUGUUGAUACAAUUAAGGACUCUAUUAAUGAUAUUAAUGCAACAAAAGAGGAAAGAUAUAAUGAGAAAAAUAAAACUAAGGGGUUAAGUACUAAAGAACAUAACAUGAUUGUGGACGCUGUUAUGACUAAAGAUGUACCGGGUGCAACUACAGAUGCAUUAAAAAAAAAUGCAGUGAAUAAAGAUUUGCACAAGGUAGCUGAAAAGAUUUCCUUAGAAUUUACCAGAAAACGUAAAAAAAAUAGAGAAGAACCAGCAAGAACUAAAUUGUCAGAUAAUACACAGGAAAUCAUUUCUGGCAUUUCUGAUGAAAAUAAUGCAGAGUAUAAAAAACCCCUGAAGAUUAGCAGAAGAUUUAAAUACAGUAAGAUAAGUUCGUUAACAACUGCAAAAAAGAGCAAACCUAACAAAACCUUGCAAGUACCAAAUAAAGUCCCAAGGAAGUCUAUUGAAGUUGAUGAGGAGCAGAAAGCUGAUUUGCUUACGUUAAUGUCACUUACAAAUGACUCUGUAGUCAAAUUAAAUACUGUUAAUGAUAAACACAACACUACUCCGCAAACAGAUGGUUUAACAAACAUUUCAAAUGUAACAUCUACACCUGCAACCACUGUUUCAACUUCAGCUGUCACAACUGCUACUACUUCUCACAUGGGAAGCAUUGAUAGACCUAUUGUAAUUCAAAGCUUUCCAUCUGUUGACAUUCCAACAUUUGAAACUGAUGAUGAUGAUCAGACAGCUAUGGAUUUUAUUGAUUUUAAAAUAGAAAGCCUACCAAAUAUAAGUGUACCAUCAAGCCUUGCUAAAACUGAUACUGCUGUGUGUGAAUCCACUUUAGAAGAGAAUUUGCAGAAAACAAUAAAAAAUAAUCAGUCAAUGGAAGGUUCUGAUAAUGUGACAACUGCACAAGAGAAAGUGAGACCAUCAUCACCGGUUUUUCCAUCUUUAACGUCAUCAGGUCUUGCUUCUCCCCCUUUGAAAGAAAUGUAUUUCCUAUUGCCCAAAGAAAAAGAUAGUGCAGGAGUUGACAUGGCCAAUAUAGAAGAUAGCCAAGAUGAAGGAGAACAAGAAAAUGAAUUGCCUAAUUCUCACUUAUUAAGUAACAAAAAAACAGAUGUGAAAUCUUCAUUACCAACGCUAUCUACCAAUGAUUCAAAAUAUACCCAGAUCCAAGAAAGUCAGGUUAUUGAAAACGCAUUGCAAGAUUUACUGUCCACAGUUUCAAUGACAAAUAAUGCAUUGAAGGAUUUACUGUCCACAGAUACAAUGAUAAAUAAUGCAUCACAAGAUUUACUGUCAGAAGAUGCAAUGGGAAAUGUAGCAUUAGACACAGAAAUGAAUCCACUCGAAAGAUGGAAGAAAAAUGUGGAAAUGUAUCAUUUUUAUUGUUUGUUUGACGGCUGUCGGAAAACCUUCCAAAACCCGAUUACUUUAUGGGAUCAUAUGCAAAAAUGUGAAAAAAAUGAUAAAGGGAAGAAAUGGCGUGAAAUUGUCAAUGAAAUGCUAAAUUGUCCAGAAUGCGAAAAGAUUUUUGCAGUUACGAAAUAUGCUAGGCAUUAUCGAAAAUGUCAUUCAAAUUUACUUGAAACUUUAAAAAAUCUUGAGGAAGGGAGUGAAGUCCAUUGUUUGAAUUGUAAAUGCAAUGCUCCACUUACAACUGUAGAUGAGAGCAUUCAUCAUUUUCGUACAUGUGGUUUUUUCGAGAAACGUCUUCAGUGCUCCAAAGAAUUUCAAACUAAGAAAAAGAGACAUUCUUGCAAGCUUAAUGAAAAAUCAAAGAAAAUAUUACCAGAUGACGAAGAAAUAAGUUCUGAGCAAUCAACAUCAAAUUUACACCAGAAAAAAGAUUCUUUACGAGAUUCUUUUAUGGAAGAUUUUAAAAAGAGAAAUUCUAUUAUACAAAAUAUAUCCCAAAAUGAAUCACUUCCUUUGGAAUUGGAUACAGCCUCUUCUUCAUUCUCCAAUCCGUCGAUGAAUAUAACGCUAAAUAUACUAGACUCAGAUAAAGAAUAUUCUACAGAUAUGGUAAAUGACCAAAGUACGCCAAGAUAUCAAAGUUUACGUAAUAAUUUUAAAGAUAAAACACAAUCACAAUUUGAACUAGAUGACGAGAACAUUGAUUUAUCUCUCAACAAAAAUAAUAGUGGCGAGAUUUUAAAAUCAAAAAUUUCAGAGAAAUCAUCUGCAUCAUCAAAGCAUUUGUCAUCUUCACCUUUAUGUAUUUUAACUGCUUCUAGAAAUGUCAAUUCACCACUAGAGGCAGCUGAUAAAAAUACUACAGCUGUGAAAUCUGAAAAUAAAAAAAAGACUUAUAAUAUACGAAUUGUAGAUGCAAAAGUAAGGGUGGAAAAUAUAAAGUACAUGGACACAAAAACAUGGGCUUCAAAAGUUUCUACUUACAAGUUUAUCUGUCCUGCUAAAGAAUGCAAGGAAGUACUGUUUCGGCGCAUUAGCACUAUGGUAACUCACAUCAAAUUGUGCCUAAAAAAAGACACUAAAAAAUUAAAAGAAUUUCUUACCGUGAGUUUAAAGUGUCCAGAAUGUGAUGCAGUAUGUAAUGCUAAGAACGUGAACAAUCACUUUAAUAAAGAACAUUUACUGUUGAAUUGGUACUUCGAACAAGUGGAACUAGGUAACUGGGCUGUUUGUCAAAAUUACACUUGUGCCAAGUACAUGGAUAAUCAGGAAGAAAUUAUUAGCCACUAUCGUAAAUGUAAAUAUCUUUGGAAAUGCAAAUACUGUGCUAUCGAAUAUGAGGACGAACCAUCUGUCAGUAAACAUCACUGUUGCACGUCAUCUGGAGAUGAUGAAGAUGAUGAUGAUCCAGAAAGUAAAGAAAGGCAAAAAAAGAAAAGGAAAAUGAAGUCAGAUGCUCAGAAAAGCAAUAAUAAAACAACAAAACUUAAAUCGCUGCAGAAUAAAAGCAGCAAUAAAACGAAAACAAACUCGUCUAUACUUGAAUACGAUAAAACAUUAUCAUAUUGCGUUAAUCUAUCUGAUUGGUUAGUCACUUUUAUCGAGUUAGAAGGAAAAUGUCCUGUCGAAAAUUGUUCCUACAUAAAUGUGUAUCCCAUCAAACUCUUAACUCAUGUACGAAAAUGCGAAAAAACUCCACAUAAUGAAGUCAACUUAAAAAUAAUGCAUGAUAUCAAUAAGAUGGAAAUAAAAUGUUCUAUUAAGGGAUGCAAAAAAAGUGAAGAUGUCUUUUAUAUGGAUGAAUAUAUACAACAUCUGAAAAAUUUUCAUUUAUUGUUGAUGCUAAACUUAUCAGAACUUCAACAAAAUGGUCAGAUUUACUGUAGCAACUACACUUGCAAUGCUGAACUGAAAGAAGCUAAAGAAGUGAGGAAACAUUUUGAAGAGUGCAAAUACUUAUGGAAAUGUGAAAAAUGUCUCGUAGAAUAUAAAUCUUUCCAAUCAACGCGUACACAUACCUGUAAGAAAAUAGGAAAAGUGUUCAAUUUGAGUGAAGAUAUAUUAACAGAUACAACUAGUGAAACUGGUAAUAGAAGAAAAAGGAAAUCUGCUGCAAAAGCGAUUGAUAUUUUAUCUGGACUUAAAAAAGAAAUCGAAGAAAAAAAGCUUAAAAAAGAUGGAAAUGCAAGUGAAAGUGGAGAUGAAGAAUAUGUAGCACCAAAUGAAUCAGAAUCUGAAGAUGAAGAAGAUGAAGUAAUAUCAAGUGAAGAAUCUACUGGUGAAAGUGAUCAACCUGAAGGAAGACAAAUAAGAGUGCGGUCUUUGUACGAUUCGCUGUUUUUUAAAGAAUGGUUAAAGGAGCAUGCUACUACAGAAUUUCUCUUUCCAUCUCUACUACCUAUAAAAACUGAAAUUUCCAUACUAAAAGACGAAUACAAAGAUUACAUCCCUUUUGCAACUUCCUCACCUAUCAUAGAAGUUAAUUACCACACAAAGUAUAAAACACAAAACACAGAAGCCUGCUCACUUAAACUCUUCGAAAGUUUUCCACCUUUGAUGGGUAGUUGUAGUCUUGGAUUUAAUGUGGGUGGACCAGUUCAAGCACUUGAGUGGUGUCCCAUGCCUGCGGAGGAAACUCAAUAUCUAGCUGUUUCUACUCACAGAUCCUACUCAGAGUGUCACACAGUUAUCGAUGCUGUAUGUGAAAAUGGUCUAAUUCAAAUAUGGAAAGUUGGGAACUUAUAUAAUGAAACAAACGAGCCAUCAAUGUGCCUUGGUAUUUGUCAUAAAUUUGGACCGGUGUAUGACUUGAAAUGGUGUCCAAGCAGUUGCUCUGGAAUCCAGGAUGACGAUGAAAAAAAUGAUGUGUUGAAACGACUUGGUUUGCUAGCUACAGCUUGUGGGGAUGGCAAAAUUAGAAUAUACAGUAUCCCUCAUCCUGAAACACUUUCAGAUGCAAAACAAUUGUUUGUUCAAAUGAAGCCUGCAUUGCUUCUCAUCCCUCACAAAUCUACAUCGUUUGAAAACAACCGCGUUGGGAUGUGUGUAGCCUUAUCAUGGUCUUCUUUUGAUAGUCAUAAAAUGAUUGCUGGUGGCUAUGGCGAUGGCUGUAUAAGAAUUUGGAACAUUUGUACACAGUCAAUAUUCUUACGAGUUCAAGACCUUGGCGGAGAAGUGUUGUUACCACCAAUUGUCAUCAAUGCACACUCUUACACUAUCAGAAGUCUCAAAUGGUGUCCUUAUAACAAAGAUGUUAUUGCGUCAGCUUCAGGUGAUCGAUUACUAAAAGUUUUUAAUAUUCAUCAACCACAAGUACCAAUAUGUUCUCUCAAAAGAGGUAUAAUAUUUGAUAUAGAGUGGCCAAUUCCUCGUCUCAGUAUAUUUUUUACUGAAGAUGAUUGUUUCAAUUUUACACCUGGUUCAGCGAGAUGCAUGUUACUUGAGCAAUUCCUUCGUGAAGUGAAGAAAGAAAAAGAAAAACCUUAUCCAACUACAAGACAUAACGCUUCUGUUUUCUCCUGUUCUUAUAACAAUUAUUUGGAUUUAUUGGUCACAUCUGAUAUUGCUGGCGAAGUGAUGGUAUCAGUAAAUCAAGAAAAUUUAUCCACAAAGUCGAUGUUACAUCUUGAGAGAAACCAGUCGGUGUACCGAAUAGAACGCAUUCCAAUCGAAGAAAAAGAAGUGAAAAACGAAUCCUCGCUACACAGCCAUGCUACUGAUAGAGAACUAGACGUCGAUUCUAUAGAUUUUCUGAAAGAAUAUACAAAAUUCAGUGACGAUAAUUUAAAGACAUUUAAAAAAUAUACAUACAAAUUUUAUGAUUCCAACAAGUUUGAAUUUACAAGAAAUAGAAAGUCCUAUGAUCCUGAUCUCAAACGAUCGUCAAAAGUUAAAAAGCUAAACUCCUCUGACGUCACUCAAUAUGAAACAAGAUCUGUGCGCAAGGUUACAUGGAAUCAAAACAUGGGGUGUCACACUUGGUUAGCUUCUGGUACACGUAUAGGUAUCGUUCGCCUACAUAACUUCAAAGCGUGGACUUCGUCCAAAUGAUAUGUUGUCCAAAUGUUUGUUAUAUACGUUGAGUUGUCAACGACGAAUACCUGAUUUUAUGUCAGUUAUGUAUUUAUGUGAUUUCAUUAUAAGAAAAUAAAUUUUAUAAAACACA